UUCACCAUAUUUAGCUGGCUUGCCGAAGCCUUGCAGAGUUGAUCUGUCAACCAGACCGGAGAUCGUGACACUUAUCGGUGCAUACAACGCGGUGCUGACAGCUUUAUUUUUGGCACCUGGACAAAUACUACAGAGGACGACGUCGUCAGGAUACGGGGCUCGGGAGAAGAGGCCAUGUCAGCAGCUGUUUUUAACGCAGUAAAAGUAGCCGUCGUCUGACAGAAUUCCAACUAUCCUACAGCCUAGCUAGUCAGCUAGCUAAUUAGUGUUGCUUUCCCGACGCUAGAUUUGCCGUAGAUACGAAUUUAUGACGUCUCUUUUAAUGAUCAGAUAUCGGUAGGGAUUCAUUUGGACUCCAUGACCUCGCUGUGAUGAUAUCCUGACACCUUCUCAACCACUUUUCCCCCCCUGCCUGGCUAGUGAGUUAACUUGGCUAACUAGCAGGUUUUCACUGCCACAGCGCCGUGUUGAGCAGUCAGCAGCUUUCGCCGUGGCAGUGAAAUCCGAUUGGAUACGUUGACCGUGUGCAAACGGCGGUUUGCGGAGACUCAAAAGACCCUCGGCCGGCGGUGCGACCGUGCCGGAGCCCCCCCUUUGGACACCACACAGAGAGACCAGGACCCUCGGCCACUCAGCGCUGCAGAGGCGGUGCACAACCGAAGGAGACACCGGAUUGAACGGAGGAAGACUCCCAAACGUUUGACAACUGUGAUCCGGGAAGUGAACCGGGCAUUGACCUCAUGAAUGGAAAUCGGAACUACAGGAGCCGUUGGGGCCCAGUCCCUGUUCUCCAUGCCUCGGCGGCCUGGCUAUGGCACCAUGGGGAAGCCAAUCAAGCUGCUGGCCAACUGCUUCCAGGUGGAGAUCCCCAAGAUGGAUGUCUACCUCUACGAGGUGGACAUCAAGCCUGACAAGUGCCCACGGCGAGUCAACAGGGAGGUGGUUGACUCUAUGGUGCAGCACUUCAAGGUGACAAUCUUUGGGGAUCGCAGGCCAGUCUAUGAUGGAAAGAAGAGUUUGUACACAGCCAAUCCACUGCCUGUGGCACCCACAGGGGUGGACCUGGAUGUCACUCUUCCAGGAGAGGGAGGCAAAGAUCGGCCCUUCAAAGUUUCCAUUAAGUUCGUGUCUCUCGUCAGCUGGCACAUGCUCCAUGAGGUGUUGACGGGCCGCAGCAUGCCUGAACCCCUUGAGCUGGACAAGCCUAUCAGCACCAACCCUGUACAUGCGGUGGAUGUAGUACUGCGAAACUUGCCCUCGAUGAAGUACACUCCAGUGGGCCGAUCCUUUUUCUCAGCUCCAGAGGGCUAUGACCAUCCUCUGGGAGGUGGGAGGGAAGUUUGGUUUGGUUUCCACCAAUCUGUGCGUCCAGCCAUGUGGAAGAUGAUGCUUAACAUUGAUGUGUCUGCCACGGCCUUCUACAAAGCCCAGCCAGUUAUCCAGUUCAUGUGUGAAGUGCUGGAUAUUCACAACAUAGACGAACAGCCUCGCCCUCUCACAGACUCGCACAGGGUUAAAUUCACCAAAGAAAUCAAAGGUUUGAAGGUGGAGGUGACGCACUGUGGAACCAUGCGGAGGAAGUACCGUGUCUGCAACGUGACCCGUCGGCCUGCCAGCCAUCAAACGUUCCCUCUGCAGUUGGAGAAUGGCCAGACUGUAGAGCGUACUGUAGCCCAGUACUUCAGGGAGAAGUACAACUUGCAGCUCAAAUACCCACAUUUACCCUGUCUACAGGUGGGCCAGGAGCAAAAGCACACCUACCUGCCCCUAGAGGUGUGUAACAUUGUAGCUGGUCAACGGUGCAUCAAGAAGCUGACAGAUAAUCAGACCUCCACUAUGAUCAAAGCCACAGCUCGCUCUGCGCCUGACAGACAGGAGGAGAUCAGCAGGCUGGUGCGCAGUGCCAACUACGAGGCAGACCCUUUUGUGCAGGAGUUCCAGUUCAAAGUGCGUGACGAGAUGGCCCACGUGACGGGGCGAGUGCUACCCGCCCCCAUGCUGCAGUACGGCGGCAGGGUGAGCACAGAGCACUUUAUGAACCGCACUGUAGCCACGCCCAGCCAUGGCGUGUGGGACAUGAGGGGAAAGCAGUUCCACACUGGUGUGGAGAUCAAGAUGUGGGCCAUUGCCUGCUUCGCCACACAGAGGCAGUGUCGAGAAGAAAUCCUCAAGGGUUUCACAGACCAGCUGCGUAAAAUCUCAAAGGAUGCUGGGAUGCCCAUCCAAGGCCAGCCGUGUUUCUGUAAAUAUGCCCAGGGAGCAGACAGCGUGGAGCCCAUGUUCAGACACCUGAAGAACACCUACGCCGGACUGCAGCUCAUCAUCGUCAUCCUACCGGGAAAAACGCCAGUCUACGCGGAGGUAAAGCGUGUGGGAGACACCCUCUUGGGCAUGGCGACUCAGUGUGUUCAGGUUAAGAACGUAGUGAAGACGUCACCGCAGACUCUGUCCAACCUCUGCCUCAAGAUCAAUGUGAAGCUGGGAGGCAUCAACAACAUCCUGGUACCGCACCAACGACCGUCAGUCUUUCAGCAGCCAGUUAUCUUCUUGGGAGCAGAUGUUACACAUCCACCGGCUGGAGAUGGGAAGAAGCCUUCAAUUGCAGCAGUGGUAGGCAGUAUGGACGCCCACCCCAGCAGGUACUGUGCCACUGUGCGAGUCCAGAGGCCCAGACAGGAGGUCAUCCAGGACCUGGCCUCUAUGGUGCGGGAACUGCUGAUCCAGUUCUACAAAUCAACGCGCUACAAGCCAACACGGAUCAUUUUCUACAGGGAUGGAGUUUCAGAAGGCCAGUUCAGACAGGUGCUGUAUUAUGAGCUGCUGGCCAUCCGUGAGGCCUGUAUCAGCCUGGAGAAGGAGUACCAGCCAGGCAUCACCUACAUAGUUGUGCAAAAACGCCACCAUACACGCCUCUUCUGUGCCGACCGCAACGAGAGAGUUGGACGUAGUGGAAACAUUCCUGCUGGUACUACUGUGGAUACGGACAUCACGCAUCCCUACGAGUUUGAUUUUUACCUCUGCAGUCACGCUGGAAUACAGGGCACCAGUCGGCCCUCCCACUACCAUGUACUGUGGGACGACAAUUGUUUUACCGCUGAUGAGUUCCAGCUGCUCACCUACCAGUUGUGCCACACCUACGUGCGCUGUACCCGCUCAGUCUCCAUCCCUGCGCCAGCCUACUAUGCCCACCUGGUGGCCUUUCGUGCCCGCUAUCACUUGGUUGACAAAGAACACGACAGCGCCGAGGGCAGCCAUGUGUCUGGUCAGAGUAACGGUCGGGACCCCCAGGCGCUGGCCAAAGCUGUUCAGAUUCACCACGACACCCUGAGGACCAUGUAUUUCGCCUGAGCUACACCAACCCUCUCCAACCAUUGCCACUUUUAACACACACAUAAACACACACAGACACAACCAUGCACACCUGGCAUGCCAGUCAAGGAAUCCUCAU